AUGAAACCAUUUAUUACAGGUCAUGAGGAAUUGAUACAUGAUAUUAGAUACGACUUUUAUGGCAAAACCAUUGCCACUUGUUCAUCAGACCAGCAUAUAAAAGUAUUUGACUUUGAAGCGUCGACAGGAUCGUGGAUACUUAACGAUCUGUGGAAAGCUCAUGAUUCGCUGGUAGUCAAGGUUUCUUGGGCACAUCCGGGGUUCUCGACUUCGAAAAUAUUAGCGUCAUGCUCGUUUGACAGGACAGUAAAAAUUUGGCAGGAGCAGCCAGAUGAAAUGCAUGGAUCGGGCCGAAGGUGGAUGCGGUUAGCGACGUUGAAUGAAUCGCAUGCGCCGAUAUAUGAUGUGGCGUUUGCACCGAGUCACUUGGGGUUGAAAUUGGGAUGUGUUGGAAGUGACGGUGUAUUUAGAAUUUACGAAUCUUUAGAGCCCAAUGACUUGACUAGCUGGGGUCUAACGACAGAGUUGCCUAUCUUGAAUCAUCUGCUACCUGCUAAAAAUUUACAGAGUAGUUUUAGAAUUGAGUGGUGCCAUUCCAAAUUUACCUCAACCGAAAAGUUUAUAGUGGUAGCUUUGGAUCAAGGUUUUGUUUACCAAAAUGUACCGAAACGGACUGAUAGUAGAGAAGACAGUGGUGAAAAAUACGUAAAGAUAUGCAAUUUACCAGAACAUAAUGGAUUGAUUCGGUCUGUUAGCUGGGCCCCUUCAAUGGGACGCAGUUACCAUCUCAUUGCAACAGGUUGUAAAGAUGGUUACGUGCGAAUCUUUAAGGCUAGUGAAAAUUCUUCAGGUAGCUUUAAAGUCGAGCUCCUUGCGAAAUUGAACGAUCAUAAAUCAGAAGUGUGGAGAGUAAACUGGAACACGACUGGAACUAUUCUAUCUUCCGCUGGUGAUGAUGGGAAAUUGAGGCUAUGGAAAUGUAAUUAUUUGAGUGAAUGGAAGUGCAUGAGUGUGAUCAAUACCAGUAACAGAUCUGACAAUCGCAGUAUAGAAAACGAAGCUAACAAGCUUAAAUGA